CUAGCUGGUUCUCCAAUAUUUUAUAGCCCUACACCAAGAGGAUUUUGUUCGAAUUGUUGCCAAAUUAAAGAACGUGAUGAUAUUAAAUUUAUGCUGUACACAAGAAAAAAUCCAUUUAAGGCCCAAAAUCUAUAUCUGAGCGAUGAUAAACGUUUGCGCAAAAGCAAUUUUAAUUUCAAUCAUCCUUUGGUCAUUUAUUUGCACGGCUUCUCCGAGUCGGCCAUAAGCGAACGCCAAAGCAGUCAGGAGAUGAAAGAUGCUUUUCUGAAAAAUGGCACAUACAAUGUCAUACUCAUCGAUUGGAGUCCUCUGACCGCGGUACCUUGGUAUACAAACUCGGUGGAAAAUUUACCAAUUGCUGCCCGUUAUAUGGCCCGCUUUAUAAGGUUUCUCGUACAAAAAGGUUUCCCCGUUAAGGACAUCCAUUUGAUUGGCUUCAGUUUGGGUGCUGAGGUGGCGGGAUUUAUUGGCCAACAGUUACAGGAAUGGUCCAUAUUAUUGCCACGCAUAACGGGUCUCGAUCCUGCCUUGCCGCUGUUCGAGGAUGGCAGUUCGAAUCGUCGCCUGGGACCCAGUGAUGCACAAUUUGUUGAUAUCAUACACACCGACGGUGGCAUUCUGGGCAAUCCUGAGGCUAUGGGUCAUGUAGAUUUCUACCCCAAUGGUGGUCAUGCUUUACAGCCGGGCUGUGCACGCCAGGAAAUUGCCAAUAAUCGCUGGCUGGGCAUUUUGAUAGGUUGUAGCCAUCAACGUGCUUGGGAAUAUUUUAUUGAAUCUGUCCAUUACCCAAUGGCAUUUCCAGCCAACAGAUGUGAGCCUUCGAAAUUGUUUGGCACUUGUCGUGAUGGUGGCAAUGGCAAGGCGUUUAUGGGCAUGGGGGCUGAUAAGAGAUUACGUGGUAAAUUUUUCUUGGAUACCAAAGGCGAAUCGCCAUUUGGUCGCAGUAAUACGCUGGGUUCGGCAUCCGCCUAUAGAAGAGCAUCAGCUGCACUGACAUUGCUGCCAUUGCAAUGGGAGUUACAGCAACAAACACAACAACAACAACUCAACAACACAGCCAUCGCCAUCGCCACCCACUACCACAUCUACGGUGAGUGGGAGAACGAAACGAGCAGCACCACUAUGGCUGGCAAAUAA